UCCCCGUUUUCCCGGGACGUGGAGCAACUAGGAAAAACACUUUCAGUUUCGAUAUGAAUCACAAGUCGUUCAGCGAGCCAGUCAUACAGGAGCACAGGAAGCGCUUUCCAAACCCGCCCGUGUUGUGUCCCGAUGUGAGGAGCGCUGAGACAGGCUCGCUUUUCUAAAGGGAAAUGAAGAUGGGAUUCCUGGGGAGGACCUGUCUCAUUGUCUUGAGUUUGCUACCAGCUGUUUCUACACAAGGACGAUGGACUGUCGUUGGCUCUGAUCAGCCUGUCAUUGCUGAGCCUGGUGAUGAAGUCAUCCUGCCCUGUCACAUUUCACCCCGACUCAGUGCUGUGGACAUGGAAGUGAGGUGGUUCAGGGAUGCAUUUGAAAAACCAGUCCAUUUAUAUCGUUUCCAAGAGAAUCUUCUAGAAACACAGGACAGUGAUUACCGGGGCCGCACUGCUCUCUCUCCCUUAGCACUACAGAGAGGUGAUAUCUCUCUGAAACUGAAAAACCUCCAGCCCUCUGAUAGAGGCGUCUAUACCUGCUAUGCUGAUGGUGGAAGUUGGUAUGAAGAAGGACAGACUGAAGUGAUAGUCGCAGCUCUGGGGACCCAGCCCUCAAUCUCUAUAGACUCUACACAAGGAGAGCAGACCCGGCUGGUGUGCAGAUCAGAGGGGUGGAGCUCUGAACCUGAAGUGAUCUGGAGAGACAAGGAUGGAAACAAUGUGACAUCACUGUCCAGCCCAACAGUGCAGAGUGACAGUCAGGGGUUCCUCAGUGUCAGCAGCUACAUCAAAAUCAAACAGCAGUCCAAUGUGUUCUCUUGUCUGGUUAGAAGUAAAACACCCAAACCAGACUGGGAAUCCAAACUCCACAUAUCCAGUGAUUUUUUCCCAGGAGUCUGUGGAUGGAUGGUGGCUUUCUUCUUGACUUUAGCUCUCAGUAUUGGAGCCAUUCCUCUGCUGGUGAUCCAAUGGAGAAGAAUGGAUGCCAUGGAGAGAAAGCUUGAGCCUAUGGCUGCUCAGCGCCUUCGUGAGGAACUUGAGUCUGUGAGCCGCACCCUUAAAUCAGAAUGGAAGUGGAUCCUCAGCUCAGCAGUUGACAGUUUGACUCUGGACCUUGAUACAGCACACCCCCGGCUCACACUGCCUGUGGAUGGGAAACAAGUGAGAGGGAAAAGGCAGGAUUAUAACAGUUCUCAGAGAUUUGAUUACAGGCGCUGUGUGCUGGGCAAGGAGGGCUUCACCUCAGGGAGACACUACUGGGAGCUGGGGGUGGGAAAGAAUACAUUCUGGAGAUUAGGAGUCAGCAGAGAGUCUCCCCCGAGGAAGGAGGAGUUCAGCAUGACCCCCCAGCAGGGUUACUGGACUGUGGGGUGGGAUGGAGAUGAAGAUAAAGAUGAGUUCAUUGCUCUCACUGACCCCCAGACCCCCCUCCCCCUGAGCCUGAAGCCCCAGAAGCUGGGGGUGUAUCUGGAUUAUGAGGAAGGACGGCUCUCCUUUUACAAUGUGGAGACCAGAUCUCACAUCUACACUUUCACUGACAUGGAGUUCAAUCCCAAUGAGAAACUCUAUCCAUUCUUCUGGACUUGGGACGAGAAAACAGACCUUGCACUGGUGUCCCCGGGGAAGAUGAAUGACAGCUCUUUCUUUCUUCUAGUCUGGAAAUGGAUUCUUGCUGCAUCAGUUGAUGUGACUCUGGACCCUGAUACAGCACAGCCCGAGCUCAUCCUGUCUGCGGAGGGGAAACGAGUGAGAUGGGGAGAGACACGGCAGGAUCUCCCUGACAAUCCAGAGAGAUUUGAUGACUGGCUCUGUGUGCUGGGCAGGGAGAGCUUCACCUCGGGGAGACGCUACUGGCAGGUGCAGGUGGGGGGGAAUACAUGGUGGAGAUUAGGAGUCAGCAGAGAGUCUGCCCAGAGGAAGGGGGGGUUCAGCAUGACCCCCCAGCAGGGUUACUGGACUGUGGAGUGGAGUGGAGGUGGGUUCAUUGCUCUCACUGACCCCCAGACCCCCCUCCCCCGGAGCCUGAAGCCCCAGAAGCUGGGGGUGUAUCUGGAUUAUGAGGAAGGGCAGCUCUCCUUUUACAAUGUGGAGACCAGAUCUCACAUCUACACUUUCACUGACAUGGAGUUCAAUCCCAAUGAGAAACUCUAUCCAUUCUUCUGUAAUGGGGACUGGAAUACAGCCCUUGUGCUGGAGUCCCCUGACCCUGACCCUGUCAGUGCUGCAGAUUAAACACACAUUGCUGUCUGAACCAGGAAACUAUUCAAACAGCUCAGACAAUCUCCUCUUCACUUUCACUGACACUCUCUCUGCACUCUUCUGGGCUGAUGAGAAGAAAUCCUCUCUCUUCCACCCUCUUACCCUGAGCCCCUCCUCUUUAUUUCUCUACACCCCCUUUCCUACUCUCCCUUCCUGUCUCCGUCUCUCUUUCCCCUCCACCUCUCUCCAUCUCCUUCUCUCUUUCUCUCCUCUCCCCUUCUCCUCUCUGCCUCCCCUAUGGCUCUCCCCUCCUCUUUCUCUCUCCCUUCCCUCUGAUAUGCUAAUCCCCUCCCUUUCCCACUCUCCCUCUCUCCUCCAUCCUCUCUACUCUCCCUCUCUCCACCCUGCCUUCUCUCCUCUCCCUCUCUCCUCCAUCCUCUCUACUCUCCCUCUCUCCUCCAUCCUCUCUACUCUCCCUCUCUCCACCCUGCCUUCUCUACUCUCCCUCUCUCCUCCAUCAUUUCUACUCUCCCUCUCUCCACCCUGCCUUCUCUACUCUCCCUCUCUCCUCCCUGCCUUCUCUACUCUCCCUCUCUCCUCCAUCCUCUCUCCUCUCCCUCUCUCCACCCUGCCUUCUCUACUCUCCCUCUCUCUUCCAUCCUCUCCUCUCUCCCUCUCUCCUCCAUCCUCUCUACUCUCCCUCUCUCCUCCAUCCUCUCUACUCUCUCUCCUCCAUCCUCUCUACUCUCCCUCUCCCUCUCUUCUUCCUCUCCCCUCUCUACUCUCCCUCUCUCCUCCCUCCCCCCUCUAAUUUUGUUCUGUGAUAUUUUGUAACAGCUGUAAGUCGCCCUGGAUAAGGGUUUCUGCUAAGAAAUAAAUAAUGAUAAAAGACUUUCUAGACAAUAGAUGAAUGCAUUAUUUUCCAUGUAAUCAAUAUUUACACUGAAGCUGAGAUGUUCCCUGAAUAUUAUUCAUUGCUAAACUUAGUGAACUGAUUUCUGCUCUUUUGAUAUGAAUCUUCUGUUCUGUUUUUGUAGCGCAUCUAUUUUCUAUCUUUCUUGAUAAAAUGUAUAAAAGAUAUAACGGUGUUGUGUGAUUUACUGCUCAAUUGUUUACCUCGGCAAUCUUGAACUCGUAAAAAGAAAGACAUUCAUGACAGCAGAGUGCUGAUUAAAUGAGACCAUUACACAUAUGAA